GGGCACUGGUUGGUUGUUUGCAGAUGUGUGUUGCUCUGCUGCUCUCUUUCUCCUCGCUUGCAGGCUCCGGCAGGAGCGGGCAGGGGAAGCUGCGGCGCCGCACACGACUGGGCUGGCAGCCCAGCACACAGAGCCUACCUGGGCAACCACUGGCAUCGGCUGCCAAGAGCAGGACAGGCCCCAGCAGCCACAGCCCACUCCCAGCAUUGCAUUCCUGGGCGAGGCUGAGGCUUGUGCCAGCAGAGAGUGCAGAGCAAACCGACCCAGUGAGCAGCAGCAGCUUGGCAGGAGCAGCCCCUGGAGUUUCCUCUGCAGGGUCACAAAGGUGCCCGCGGCUGAACCUGCCCCUCCCUCCCCGCGAAGCCCACCAAGAGCAAUGCAGCAGCAGAGGUUCUCCAGCCCUCUGGUCACUUAUCUUUAUGGCCUUCUGGACCUUCUCCAUCAGGUCCACACUCUUCUUGCCCUGGGAGGUACAAAGCUGGACGCAGCACUGCAGGGCUGCUCUCGGUCUCAUCACCCACCCUGCAUCGCUGUCAGCUGCGCCGCUCCAAGCGACCCGUCCCGGCCUCCUGUCUGCGCUGGACAGGUGUCGGUGUCCCGGCAGCAGGGCUGCAGAGGACAGGGACUUCUGCCUACCCUGCUGAACUCGGGAGGAAGUCUGGAGCCUUUGCUGCAGCUCGGACAAGCCCGUAAGUCCCCACACAGCUCAACCGUCCUGGGCAGGGUGGCAGCGAUGGACUGGGCUGUUCAUCCAGCGGCUGUGCAGUCUUUUAACGGGUACCAGCCGGGGUGCCGAGCUGGCAGCGUGCAGAGCCCGGUGCUCAGCAGAGCCUGGCCCCGUGCCCGCACCCCACACCCAGCCGCGGGCCGCUCCGCGGGCCUGCCUCCGCGCAGCACCUUCGCCCCGGCCGCGCCGCCUCGCUCCUCCGCCCGCUGCCAGCAGGGAGGCUGCAGCCGGGCAGGGAGAGACGCGCAGAGGGGUGCGCGGGGGAACCCCUUUGCCCCGGCGGGGUCCAGGUGAGCGACCAGGGUCCUGAGCCGCCGGGGAAGGACGGGAGGGGGUUGCCACCCCCCGGGGCCGGCAGCUUAGCGAAGUGGCCGCCCGAGGCGAGGCGGGUGUCGCCCCGCGCCGCGGGGAAGCGGCCGUCCCCAGCCCCGGCUGCCACCGGCAUCCCCGGCUCCCCGAGUCCCGGCGACCGCCCCUAUCUCCGGCUCCCCAGAGCCCGGCGACCGCCCCCAU